CAACCAACUAAAAUAAAAAUCAACAAUUGAAUUUAGUAUAGUGUCAACAGCGUCAACAGUGAUGUCCCAUAUCACAUACAAUAAUCUUUGGGCUGAAGCACAAAAAACCAUAAAUGAAGCAUCUCAAUUUGAUGCAGCUCUCCAUGCAGCUCCACACGAAAAAGAUAAACAAGCAGCACAAAUACGUGUCAGCGAAUUAUAUGUGAAGUACAUAACUGUUGUUAACAAACUGGAUCAGUGCUAUGACCAGAUUGUGCACCCUCAGAAAAGACUUGUGAUCCGUAAGUUACUAGAUGCAUGUAUUGGAAGAGUGUUGGAACUGAAACAUGAAUCAGUAAAUCUGGACUUGUCAGAAUUUAAUUAUUAUGAUGAUGUUCUGCUCAAGCUGAAUCUCUUGCCUAUGGAGGUGGAGAUCAAUGUGCCAAAUUAUUACAGAAGAGAAAGAGAAGAAGAGAUAAAGAAAAGGAAGACAGCAAUGGACAAUAUAUUGAAGAGGCUGGGUUUCUAUGAAGAAGAAGCAGCAGAAGAAGUGAUGACUGAAGAAGAAGCAAUUCGCCUCAUACAGAUUCAUGAACGUGCUCGGCAGGGUCGAUUACGUUCCCAAUUCAUGAAGGAAAUUCGCCUCAUGAAAGAGAAGGUUAAGACCAGUGAGAGUCCUAAGGACAAAUCCUUUGAUAGUUCCCUAGCUGCCAUUAAGAUCCAGAAAACUUGGCGUGGUUAUAACACACGUAAUAAGAUGAAACGUCGAAAGCUGGAGGAGAUGCUGCUGAUUGGAAUGUUACAGCCAAGCUUCACAGAUGUAAAAGCUCGCCGAAGAGCUGAAGAGGUGAAGGAACUGCGGCGCAAACAGCAGAUGAAGCACCAAGCUGAAUAUGAGCAAAUGCUUGUCUCUGAGAAGCAACUUAUCAAAAGCUGGAGAGGGGGUCACAUGAAGGAAGAGCUCGGAGAUGAGGUUCGAGGCUGGAUCACAGACUAUUGGCAUGAAACAGGGAAAUUUCCUGAUAUGCCGUCUGAGGAAUCAGGAGGUUCAACCUUGUUCUUCACAAGGCAGGCGGCAGAGAGUGAAAUCAGUAAAACCACCACCUCAUCAUCCAGAGAGGGUAAAGGAAGAAAAGAAAAGGGGAAGAAAGACAAGGAAGAAGGAAAGAAGAAGAAAGAUAUGGAAGAAGAUGACCCAGGCUUUAAGAUGCAACCAUCUAACUUCUUGGGAGACUUGCAGGCUGCCAGUACAGAAUAUGAAGAAGUUUGGCACAAUCGAGAAGAGUCUCAGAACCCAUGGCAGCAUGCCGACAUUGAGAUGAUCCGAGAACAGAAGAUGGCUGAAGUGGAAGCUGAAUUACGAAGAGAAGUAGACCAGUUAUUAAGAGGAGAAUUAGAGGUAUUGCAAGCUGCUUUGGCACGUGAUCUUGCAAGUAAGGGCAAGAAAGCACGCAAAGCCAGCAAGAAGAAAGGUCGAAGUGGAAAGAAGAGUAAGAAGAAGAAAGAGAAGGAUCUGACACCUGAUCGAACACUAGAGUCUCUGUUUGAAGAACUUGUUACUAAUGGUAUCAUCCGCAAGUAUCCUGAAGUUCGGCUAUCAGAGUUCCGAGGGGAGCGCUCAUACGCUACACAUGAUCUCCGUAAGCAAGGCAAGGACCCACUGCCGUCACUUGGAGAUAUACGUCAGGUCAUACUAGAAUACUGCAUCCUGCCAUUGGGAUCUAAAACAGUUCACCAGAUGGCACCAUUGGUCAAAUCAGUAUUGUUGGCAGGAUCACAUGGCAGUGGUAAAGACAUGUUGGUGCAUGCUGUGUGCACAGAGACUGGAUCGGUGUUGUUUGAUCUCUCACCUGCGAACAUCACUGGAAAAUAUCCUGGAAAAUCUGGGCUCAUCAUGCUGGUGCACCUAGUGAACAAGGUGUCCCGCUUGCUCCAGCCAUCAGUAAUCUAUAUAGAUGGUGCAGAGAAACCUUUCUUGAAGAAGGUUCCAAAAACAGACAAGACGGAUCCUAAACGCUUGAAGAAAGAUCUUCCCAAAAUAGUCAAAGGCAUCAGCCAAGAAGACCAGGUUCUGCUUAUUGGUGUGUCCCGAUGUCCAUGGGAUUGUGAUCAAAAAGCCCUUGCCCAGACAUACAAUAAGAUGAUACUGAUCCCACGUCCUGAUUACAGCAGUCUCUCAUUUCUAUGGAAGGAGCUACUGUUUCAGUUUGGUGGUGUUAGCCGGCAGUUUGAUACUGCAGCCAUGACAAAGGUAUCAGAUUGUUACACAGUUGGUGCAAUACUUGAAGUGAUAAAGGAAGUGAUGACAUGUAAGCGAGUACUACAGCUAAGGGUGCAGCCCCUGACUCAUGCAGAGCUCAUCAACUCACUCUGCAAGUUAGAACCUGUCUACAAGGAGGAAGAUGAAGCAUUUCUACAGUGGCUUCUUAAGACACCAAUAGGACGCAGGAAAGCUCGACAGCUCGAAAUUGAGGCUGAGCUUCAAGCCAGUCUUGCACCCAUGUCCAACAAGAAAUAAACGGAAACUGUCACCCCUCCACUAACAGUUUGCGCCAUGUUCAUGAACACUUUUUAAGAAAUUAUCUUAAAUAUGCGCCAUAAAAAUAUGUGGGUAUGAACAUUAAUGACAUAACAGAUAUCAGACACAUAUUUCCUAUGAUAGCAAGAACUAAGCUGUUAAAUAGUGUAAAAUUAUACCAGACAUGAUACAAUGAUGUAAAUGUACUAACCCUUCACUUUGAUUGUAGUUUAUUUAACAAGGUUGUCAAUUAUUUGGACUAUAUAAUGUCAAACAACUGAAUGAUAAUGAAUGGGAAAGGAUGUGCAAGGAAAUGGUUACGGUCUAAUUUAAGGUAAGUAUCUAGUGUUCUGUUGGAAGGCUUGAGGAAAAUAAUGAAAAACCUCAGUCAAGAUUUUAUUUGUGUGAGAAGUCUUCAAAGUGUAAGUUCUUGUUUUGCUUGUAGAUCAUUGUUGUGCUUUGCUGUCACUCUUUUCAAUAAACAUCACUUCCAUAGCAUGUUUUAAGCUUAUAUGGUCAUCGUCAGGCAUGCUUCAUUGUACUGCUUUUGCAGUUCAUUAUCCUAUGCUCAGUCAAGAUAAUCAGUGUACUGACUAGGU